GACGGGCUGGCGCGGUGUGCCGUGUGCCCGCAGGGGGGCUCUUCCCGAGGGGCGCCGAUCAGGAGUACAGCGCAUUCCGGGUAGGCAUGGUCCAGUUCUCCACCUCGGAGUUCAGGCUGACGCCCCACAUCGACAACCUGGAGGUGGCCAACAGCUUCGCCGUCACCAACGCUUUCUGCUCCCAGUUUUCAAGAGGAGUCUUUGCUAUUUUUGGAUUCUAUGACAAGAAGUCUGUAAAUACCAUAACCUCAUUUUGUGGGACUCUGCACGUCUCCUUCAUAACUCCAAGUUUCCCAACAGAUGGAACACACCCAUUUGUCAUUCAGAUGAGACCCGACCUCAAGGGAGCUCUUCUUAGUUUGAUUGAAUACUAUCAGUGGAACAAGUUUGCAUAUUUAUAUGACAGUGACAGAGGCUUAUCAACCCUGCAAGCUGUAUUGGAUUCUGCAGCUGAAAAGAAAUGGCAAGUAACUGCUAUCAAUGUAGGAAAUAUUAACAAUGACAGAAAAGAUGAGACUUACCGUUCCCUGUUUCAAGAUCUGGAGGUGAAAAAGGAAAGACGAGUGAUUCUGGACUGUGAGAGGGAUAAAGUCAAUGACAUAGUUGAUCAGGUUAUUACAAUUGGUAAGCACGUAAAAGGUUACCAUUACAUCAUUGCGAAUCUGGGAUUUACUGAUGGAGAUCUAUCAAAAAUUCAGUUUGGAGGAGCUAAUGUCUCAGGAUUUCAGAUAGUAGACUAUGAUGAUCCGUUGGUGUCAAAAUUUAUACAGCGCUGGUCAACCCUAGAGGAAAAAGAAUAUCCAGGAGCUCACACCAGUACAAUUAAGUAUACAUCUGCUUUGACCUAUGAUGCUGUCCAAGUAAUGACUGAAGCUUUCCGUAAUCUACGUAAACAGAGAAUUGAGAUCUCCAGAAGAGGAAAUGCUGGAGACUGCCUUGCAAAUCCAGCAGUGCCCUGGGGUCAUGGUGUAGAAAUAGAAAGGGCAUUAAAGCAGGUUCAAGUGGAAGGUCUAACAGGAAAUAUAAAAUUUGACCAGAAUGGAAAGAGAAUUAAUUAUACUAUAAACAUCAUGGAGCUCAAAAGUACAGGUCCCCGUAAGAUUGGAUACUGGAGUGAAGUGGACAAAAUGGUUGUGAAUCCCAUUGAUGGUCCUCUUGGAAAUGAAUCUUCGGGACUAGAGAACAAGACUAUUAUUGUCACCACUAUCUUGGAAUCCCCAUAUGUCAUGAUGAAGAAAAAUCAUGAGAUGCUUGAAGGAAAUGAACGGUAUGAAGGCUACUGUGUGGACUUAGCUUCAGAAAUUGCUAAGCAUUGUGGCUUCAAGUACAAGCUCACAAUAGUUGGAGAUGGCAAGUAUGGGGCAAGGGACGCAGACACGAAAAUCUGGAAUGGGAUGGUUGGCGAGCUUGUUUAUGGGAAAGCCGAUAUUGCAAUUGCUCCAUUAACUAUAACACUGGUGAGAGAAGAGGUGAUUGACUUCUCAAAGCCCUUUAUGAGCCUCGGGAUAUCAAUAAUGAUCAAGAAGCCUCAGAAGUCCAAGCCCGGAGUGUUUUCAUUUCUUGAUCCCUUAGCAUAUGAGAUAUGGAUGUGCAUUGUUUUUGCCUACAUUGGGGUCAGUGUAGUUUUAUUCCUGGUCAGCAGAUUUAGCCCAUACGAGUGGCACACUGAGGAGUUUGAAGAUGGAAGAGAAACACAAAGUAAUGAAUCAACUAAUGAAUUUGGGAUAUUUAAUAGUCUCUGGUUUUCCCUUGGUGCCUUUAUGCAGCAAGGAUGCGAUAUUUCGCCAAGAUCCCUGUCUGGGCGCAUUGUUGGAGGUGUAUGGUGGUUCUUUACCCUGAUCAUAAUCUCCUCCUACACGGCUAACUUAGCUGCAUUCCUGACGGUUGAAAGGAUGGUGUCUCCCAUUGAAAGCGCAGAGGAUCUGUCUAAGCAAACAGAAAUUGCUUAUGGGACAUUAGAUUCUGGCUCUACCAAAGAGUUUUUUAGGAGAUCUAAAAUUGCAGUGUUUGAUAAAAUGUGGACAUAUAUGAAAAGUGCAGAGCCAUCUGUGUUUGUGAGGACUACAGCAGAAGGGGUAUCCCGGGUACGGAAGUCCAAAGGAAAAUAUGCCUACUUGCUGGAGUCAACCAUGAAUGAGUACAUCGAACAAAGGAAACCGUGUGACACCAUGAAAGUUGGUGGGAAUUUGGAUUCCAAAGGCUACGGCAUCGCCACACCUAAAGGAUCCUCAUUAAGAAAUGCGGUUAACCUCGCAGUACUAAAACUGAAUGAACAAGGCCUGUUGGACAAAUUGAAAAACAAAUGGUGGUACGACAAAGGAGAGUGCGGCAGCGGGGGAGGUGAUUCCAAGGAGAAGACCAGUGCCCUCAGUCUGAGCAACGUCGCUGGAGUCUUCUACAUUCUCGUCGGGGGACUUGGUUUGGCAAUGCUCGUGGCUUUGAUUGAGUUCUGUUACAAGUCCAGAGCCGAGGCGAAACGAAUGAAGAUGACCUUGAAUGAUGCCAUGAGGAGCAAGGCAAGGCUGUCAAUUACAGGAAGUACUGGAGAAAAUGGACGUGUUAUGACUCCAGAAUUUCCAAAAGCAGUGCAUGCAGUACCUUAUGUGAGUCCUGGCAUGGGAAUGAAUGUCAGUGUGACUGAUCUCUCGUGAUUGAUAAGAACCUUUUGAGUGCCUUACACAAUGGUUUUCUUGUGCGUUUAUUGUCAAAGUGGUGAGAGGCAUCCAGUAUCUUGAAGACUUUCCUUUCAGCCAAGAAUUCUUUUCUUUGUGGAGUUCAUCUUGAAUUGUAAUGAAUGCUUAGUACAAAACACAAUACCAUUUUCUACACAAGUUCAAGAUGAAGCUUGACUGACAUGCACAGCUAACAUGGAAGUACUGUAAUCUAACUGAAGUCGUUGUACAGGCAACACACCAGUUUCUGCAGCCACCGUUUGUCCCUUGGUUCAUACUGACUUAAGCACACUUGACAUCAAUUGCAUCAAGAUGUGACAUGUUUUAUAAGAAAAAAAAAACAUUUAAAAUGAAAAAAAAUAUUUUUAGGUAUUUUCACAAACAAACUGGCUUUUAAAUAAAAUUUGCUUCCAUAAUGGUUGAAUAUGACAAAAACAAAAGAAUUUAAACUCUGGGGAAGUGGAAAAGCAAAGAGGCUUAAGGCAUCAGUUCCAUAUUUUUCAAAGCCAAAUAUGUAAAUGCUGAGGAGAGAAAAAAUAAAUUAAAGGUUCAAAUCUUGUAAUUUAAUAUUGUUAUUAAAAUGUUACUGUAUAUCCUAUUCUUUAACAUUUGGUGUUAAUAUCAAAUUACUUGGCAAUGCUUGACAUUUGAAAUAAACUUUUUUCUAUGGUUUUAUU